AUGAAGUCUAGAGACAUAUAUAGUGGAUCAGAUUUAUUAAAUUGUCUUCAGGAACAGGAAAUAAGUGGACAGUACAGAAAUUUCAUUAGAAUGUCGUCUAUUGAUUUUGAAUAUCUUAUAAAUUUGAUCGGUGCAAAAAUUUCCAAAAAAGAUACUAAUUUCCGGAAAGCCAUUCCUAUGCAAGAAAGAUUGGCCGUUACGUUACGAUUUUUGGCAACUGGUGAUUCCUAUCAAAGUUUGCAGUAUCUUUUUAAAAUGUCGAAACAAGUCAUUGGACAGAUUGUUCCCGAAGUAUGCCAAGCAAUUGUGGAAGCAUUAAAAGAAAAUAUACAAGUAUGUAUGCAUGUUAUAUGA